CGUAUGCAACUUCGGGUUGAUGUUCUGUAUCCUAACGAAGAUGUUCCACUUGGUAAGGUUCUAGCAAAUAUAUCUUCCCGUGGUUGCCUUUAUGCAAUUUUGGUGACAAAUCAGCAUGAAGAACAUAAUAGCAUUACUGUUAAUAUACUGUAUGGACAACCCGCUGAACACCGCAACAUGCCGGUGGAUGAUGCAUUGAAACUAAUUGGGAAAGAUUUUCAAAACAAAAUGGCUGUCGAGUCAUCGAAACGAUUAAACUCAAGUCACCUUCCUCAGCCUGUACCUAUUAUACCUGCUACUAAUGUAAUCGCUCCACCACUGAAAGAUAGACAUCCAGAAUCUAUACAAAUUUUGUUAAAUUUGCUCGCAGAUAAUUUGCCACUUACUGGUCUGCAAUAUGAACGUAUUAUAAAAUAUCUAAAUGAAAGACGAACCUUACAAUUGAAAGCUGAACUAGGCGAGACCGUGGAAUCAAUUCCUGAUCCAGAAAUUGAACUCCAAAAAAAGAUUUUAGAUAUAUUAAAUAAACCAUCGGUUGCCGAGACGCACUAUGAACUUCUCUAUCCUACAUUACAAUCUAUAAAAGACGAUUUCCGUGUAAUGGAAUUACUAAAGGAUGAAAGAGUACAAAAGGCACUUGAUUCCUUAAUGGAUUCUAGUUUAGUUGGUACUAUAGAAACGCACAUGAAGUUUUAGGUUAAUAAGAUGAUAAUAAAGUAGAACUGUAUAACUAUA